AAAAUUCUGAUACGCACGUCGUUGCAAGCAGCGAGAGUAAGACGAGCAUUUCCAAUACCACGUAUAAGGUUUAUAAGGACUACUCCAUUGAAUAUGAAUCACCCAGAGCAAACGAACAACGCACCAGUAAAGCAGCAGCAACCUAAGAAGGAAAAGAAGGAUAAGAAAGCUGCUAAUGCUAACAAACAACCAGUCGAGAUGACACCACCACCUGCAUACUUACAGGAACGUCUCGAGAUUUGGGACAAGUUGAAGGCAGCUGCAGACGCUGAAUUAGCAGCUAAGCCAAGACAGCCAAUCACUAUUACACUCCCAGAUGGCAAGCAACAGCAAGGAACUUCCUACGAGACUACACCAAUGGAAAUCGUCAAAUCAAUCGCAUCUUCUCUCGCUGAUAGAACCGUCAUUUCAAAAGUUAACGGUAACUUGUGGGAUUUAGAAAGACCAUUUGAGGAAGAUAGCAAAGUUGAGUUCUUGGAUUUCAACACAGAGGAAGGUCAACAAGUUUUCUGGCACUCUUCAGCUCACGUUUUAGGUGAAGCUUGUGAAAGACACUACGGAAGUCACUUAGCUGUUGGUCCACCAACUGACGAUGGUUUCUUCUACGAAAUGGCCAUCGAAGAUCGUAUGGUUUAUGCAGACGAUUAUUCACCACUCGAACAAAUCGCAAACAGCGCAAUCAAAGACAAGCAGCCAUUCGAGAGACUUAUGGUAUCAAAGGAGAAAUUAUUAGAAUUGUUCGCUUACAAUAAAUACAAGCAACACAUUAUUUCAUCAAAGAUUCCUGAUGGAACUUCAACAACUAUCUACAGAUGUGGUCCUAUGAUUGAUUUGUGUAGAGGUCCACACAUUCCACACACAGGUAAAAUCAAGGCUUUCUCUGUAAACAAGCACUCUGCAUCAUACUUCCUUGGUGACGCCAAGAACGACUCCUUGCAGCGUGUUUACGGUAUUUCCUUCCCGGAUAAGAAGCAAAUGGUAGAGUACAAGCACUUCGUCGCGGAAGCCGCCAAGCGGGAUCACAGAAAGAUAGGAAGAGAACAAGAACUUUUCUUUUUCCACGAGCUUUCACCAGGUAGUUGCUUCUUCUUACCAAACGGUACUAGAAUUUACAACACCCUCCUCGAAUUCUUGAAGAAGGAAUACCACGCUCGUGGCUACCAAGAGGUCAUCACACCAAACAUGUACAACACAAAAUUAUGGGAAACCUCCGGUCACUGGCAGAACUACGCAGAGAACAUGUUCUCUAUGGACAUUGAAAAGGAAAAAUUCGCUUUGAAACCAAUGAAUUGUCCAGGUCACUGUUUGUUGUUCGACAUGCGCGAUCGCUCUUACAAGGAAUUACCAUUUAGAGUGGCUGACUUCGGUGUACUCCACCGUAACGAAGCCUCUGGUGCUUUAACAGGUUUAACCAGAGUAAGAAGAUUCCAACAAGAUGAUGCUCACAUCUUCUGUCGCAAAGACCAAAUUGAGGAUGAAAUCUCUGAUUUGUUCGACUUCCUCGAGAAGGUUUACGGUAUCUGUGGUUUCAACUUCAAGUUGAAGCUCUCCACUAGACCUGAGAAAUUCCUCGGUAAGAUCGAAGAUUGGGACAAAGCGGAGAAGAACCUCCAGAACGCACUCGACAAGUUCAUGCCAGGAAAGUGGGAGCUUAACCCAGGCGAUGGUGCCUUCUACGGUCCAAAGAUCGAUAUUACUAUCAGCGACGCCCUUAGACGUAAUCACCAGUGUGCCACCAUUCAACUUGACUUCCAACUCCCUGAGAGAUUCAAGUUGAGAUACCGCACUGGUAAUGACGAAGAUUACAUCAAGCACGAGGAUGGAUCUAUCGAGAAGGGCUUCGACAGACCGGUUAUCAUUCACAGAGCUAUCUUAGGUUCCCUUGAGCGUUUCAUCGCCAUCGUUACAGAACACUUCGGUGGUAAAUGGCCAUUCUGGUUGUCUCCUAGACAAGUCAUUAUCAUUCCAGUCGCCCACAAGUACGAUGAAUACGCAAACUCACUCCAAAAGCAACUCUGGGAUAAUGGCAUUAUUGCAGAAGUCGAUGCUGGUGAGAACACCCUUCCAAAGAAGAUUAGAAAUGCCGAGAUUGGUCAGCACAACUUCAUCUUCGUCGUUGGUCAAGAGGAGGUCGACGGUAGCUCCGUCAACGUUCGUAACCGUGACGACGCGGGCUCAAAAGCCAAGACUCCUACCGUCCCAUUCAGCGAUGUCCUUGCCCAAAUGAUUCGCUUGAGGGAUGAAAAGAGAUUAGAAAACAAACUGGUUGCUUAAACCAUAAGACUAUAGUAUUUUUAUAAAUUUUCUCAUUCAUGCAC